GCGAACUAGAGAGUCAAGAAUGUGUCUACUUGCAGGAACGCUAUUAAUCUUGUCUCACCGAAUGAAAGCGAUGCUAGCGUUGUCGCCACGCAGCGCUCGACUUUUGACCUUUGCGCAGUAGGACUCGAGAGGAUCGAAAAAAAAAAAAUCGCGAGCGAAAGUCUCGCCGACCGAGUAGACCGUGUAGAGCGGGACGCCCGGCCCAACUCGGUUUCUCGAUCUUCGCUCUGUUCGUACGCGACUUUCGAGGUCAUGAAGGUCCGGAGUUAUCCCGGCCGGGCGGUUCUGGAGGAUCCCGAACUCCUCCUGGACCCGGACGCGACGCGCGGCAGGGCUAUGGAACUGCUCUACGAGGCCAGCUGGCGAGAGUGCGGGGUCAACUGGACCAGCAACGGCAGCAGCAAGAUUUCCGCCAGGCAACAGGAUGACGAGCCUUACAGGCGAGCAUACGCCGAUGAAGUGGUAUCGCGAUUCGAGGCCGCGUUGGAGGAUCCGAACAAUGGGCCGUCCUCGGCAAAAGAGGAAGACGCGCGGUCCAGGGGAUCCAGCAGCACCGGUACCACCGACAGCGAAUGCCUCGAGACGAACCAGCCGUCACCUGACAACGCUCAAGGGGGCUUCCUCAUUCCGCGGCCGAGAUUGAUUGUGCCAGUUCAUACCUACGCGAGGAGAAGACGUACUGGCGCACCGCAGCCCAUAAAGAGACGUCAGAUACGCGAAGAGGGUAAGGUCGAGGUAUCGAGGGACGGCAAAUAUCUCAGCACUUUGCAACAUGGUAAAGUGUUGGGUGAACUCGCGAUUCUUUACAAUUGCAAGAGGACAGCAACGAUCACUGCUGCGACUGAUUGUCAAUUAUGGGCCAUCGACCGGCAGUGCUUCCAAACCAUUAUGAUGAGGACCGGCCUCUCGAGACAGGCUGAAUACACGGACUUCUUAAAGAGCGUGCCAAUUUUCAAAAACCUGCCCGAGGAAACUCUAAUCAAAAUUUCGGAUAUUUUAGAAGAGACGUUCUAUAACAAUGGGGAUUAUAUAAUAAGACAAGGAGCGAGAGGUGACACAUUCUUCAUCAUCAGUAGAGGACAAGUACGCGUGACAAUAAAACAGCCCGAUACAACGGAAGAGAAAUAUAUUAGAACCUUAAGAAAAGGCGAUUUCUUCGGUGAGAAAGCUUUACAAGGAGAUGAUCUCAGAACUGCUAAUAUUAUCGCUGACGAUCCAGAAGGAGUGAAUUGUUUGGUAAUAGACCGCGAAACGUUUAAUCAAUUAAUCUCAUCCUUGGACGAAAUUCGAACGCGAUACAGGGACGAGUUGGUGGAACGUAGGAGAUUAAAUGAGGAAUUUCGGGAUGUACGAUUACAAGACCUUCGGACUAUUGCGACUCUCGGCGUGGGUGGUUUCGGAAGAGUUGAAUUAGUCCAAAUUGCCGGAGACAGCACACGAUCCUUUGCUCUGAAGCAAAUGAAGAAGGCGCAGAUCGUCGAGACACGACAGCAACAGCACAUUAUGUCAGAAAAGAGGAUUAUGAGCGAAGCGGAUUGUGAUUUUGUAGUCAAGCUUUUCAAAACCUUUAAAGAUAGAAAAUAUCUUUAUAUGCUGAUGGAGGCCUGCUUGGGUGGCGAGUUAUGGACUGUUCUUAGGGACAAGGGAUACUUUGAUGAUGGUACUACACGCUUUUAUACUGCAUGUGUUGUGGAAGCAUUCGAUUAUCUGCACUCCAGAAAUAUCAUCUAUAGAGACCUUAAACCGGAAAACUUACUUUUGGAUAAUCAAGGAUAUGUUAAACUUGUGGAUUUUGGCUUUGCCAAACGGUUAGAUAACGGAAGGAAAACGUGGACUUUUUGUGGUACACCAGAGUAUGUGGCACCAGAAGUCAUUCUAAAUAAAGGUCACGAUAUAAGCGCUGAUUAUUGGUCCCUUGGUGUUCUCAUGUUUGAGUUGCUUACGGGUACGCCUCCUUUUACGGGUGCUGAUCCGAUGAAGACGUAUAAUAUUAUCUUGAAAGGAAUUGAUGCUAUAGAAUUUCCUAGAUCCAUUACACGUAACGCGAUGGCACUCAUCAAAAAGCUUUGCAGGGAUAAUCCAGCAGAACGUCUUGGAUAUCAAAGAGGUGGCAUUAGUGAAAUACAGAAGCAUAAAUGGUUCGAUGGCUUUAAUUGGGAAGGUUUAAAAACAAGAACUUUGGAACCCCCGAUACUACCACGAGUUCAAGGCGCUACAGACACUACGAAUUUCGACGCUUAUCCAGCGGAUUCCGAUCCGCCGCCACCCGACGAUAUUUCUGGUUGGGAUAACGAUUUUUAAUACAAAAAGUAUAAAGGGCUUCUAUUUAAUAUUCGCGUUUUUAAUCUAGCAGGAAAUUGUAAUAGGACAUAACGCUCUCUCGAUCAUGCGAGAUAAUUGGCGACACCUGCAUUUAUUUAUACUUUUCUCAUAUCACGUGAUAUACAGAUUACAGUUGCAUUUUAUCAUAUUUUUACAUUUUUUGUCAUAUUUCGUAGUAAGUAUAAUCGGGAUUUGUGAAUGAGGAAAAUUGUAUUAUGAUAAAAUUUAAAAUUUUUAUGAAUUUCGGAUAAUGUAAAAAUUAAAAAAAAACUGCAAUUUUAUAUUUAUAUCGCGUCUCUGACGGGUUCUAGAAACAUCUUCUCCAGUGUUAUACAUUAUAAUAGAAUACAUAUGCAAGUGCCAAGUGCCAUUAUUACCUCGAAGAGGUAAACUCAUACAUGUCAUACUUGUGCUCAGAAACGUGGUCACACGCAAGAAACAGUCAGCUCAAGUCCAAGGGACCUCUUGCCAUCCAUUUAACUUGUCAAAAUGUGCAUAUAGCUUGAUCGAUCAGAUGUUAAAUUUUUUAUGGCAAGUUCAUUGUUGUUUGAUUACUUUAUAGUUUAUUGUAAUAAUUAUAUUUUAAUUAAUUAUAUGACUCUUGUAAA